AUGGCUCCUAUUCAUCCUCAAUUGCAUCCUGCAGUUACCUUCAACAACAAAGGGUUCCAUAACCCUGCACGCUAUGAGCGUUAUCUCAAAUAUUUCCGCCAUCGCCCUCUCUAUCCAUCCUUCACCAUUCAUCCUUCCUCCUUUCAAAAGUAUGAUCUGGAUGUUUCUGGGCUCAUCCAUAAUCUUGGGUGGGAUUCUCUCUUUGAGAAUCGCAGGUUUAGCCAAUGUCCUGAAGCUGUAAGGAUGUUUUAUGCCAGCCUGAAGAGAGGUCCUGGUCCUAGUCCAUCAUUCUUCACCACGGUGGUGUAUCAUCAUGAGAUACUGGUCACCCCUUCCUUGCUUGCAGAAAUCCUAGGGCUCCCUAGUCAAGGGUCCUCGGCUGCCACCAAUGAUGACUUUGCUGAGAUCCGUUUUGACUAUGGAUCUGCACUGGAAUCUCUUACUCAUGACAUUGGUCGUCAUUUUCCCAAUCGACUUUCAGCAGGAAGGCUUGCGGAUCUCUUCAAAGUUAUGUACUUCUUUAUUACUCGCAUACUGCUUCCUCGUAGUGUGUCGAGAAAUGAAUUAGCUCACCCUUCUGAUGUGUGGAUUAUGGCUAAUGCUCGUGAUAGAGUUCAUCUCAACUUUUCCUCGCUCAUGUUUGCCCACAUGAUUAUGUACGGAGAUGAGAACUACUCUGGCCCUCUCCCUUUUGGUCCUCAGAUAACACGUCUCUUGUAUUCUCUUGGUAUUGAUCUUUCGGACAAGAUCCUGCUCUGUGACAUUCGUGAGGAUUUGCGAGCUCAGCAUAUCCUUGUCCGUGUCGAUGCUUCUGUUGGUAGGAGGAAGCCUGUCAUUUGCUCAGGGGGAGAAAAGCUUGCUGCUAUCCCUAAGACUCAGUUAGUUCAUGCUCUGUUAGAUGCUGCAUCGGUGGCAUUAGAUCAGCAAAUUCAGUCCAUCAAGAGCAAGGAACUUUGUUAUCUAGAGCUGUGUAAGGCUCAAGUUGAUCUGGCUAAGGAGACUGAACCAAGUGACUUGCAGGAGAAAGAGGAAGAUGGUGUGUCUGAUUAUGAGUCUCCACCUGAGUAUGAGUUUUAG